AUGGAUCGCGAUGAGAGGACAGACGCGUUGCACGCGGCCGAGAUGAAGCACCAGCGAGACUCGAUCCAGUCGACGAUAGUGGUCAAAGACGAGGAGGUCCGGCGGUCAAGAGUGCGGUCAACCGUGCUACGCGGCGAUAUCGCGACCCUCCGUACGCAAGCAACGCAACAGAACGAGCGCUACGAGAAGCUGUCGAAGCAACACAGCGAUGCCCGCAGCAAACUCAUGACGGCAACAAAAAAGUCCAACGAACAGGAAAAGAAACUCAAGACACAGACUCGAGAAAUCGCGGCUUUGAGGGCCGAGCUUCAAUCCUUGAAUGAUGUUUCUCAGGACUCGACGAAACUUCUCUCGGAGAAGCUCGCACUGACACGCGAGCUGGCAAAUCUGAAGCCGGAGCUAGAGCAUCUCAAGUCCCAGCUAGAUCACCACAACGAGGUGCUGGCCGAAAAGCUAGCACUAGAGCGCCAAGUCAACACCCUGGAGGUUGAACUGGCAAACGAGAAGCGCGCGGCUCAGCGCGCAAUGCAGAAGCAGGAGAGCAAAGGCAGCGAGGUCGAGGAUGAGCUCCGGGAGCAAAUACGGGACCUCGAGAAGAAGCUGGCGGCUGAAAAGCGCGCCGCUCAACGCGCCAAGGAUGACGCCGACAAGGAGGGCGCGCUCGAGGAGGCUAUGCUUCUUCAACAGAAGGAGCUGGAGGAGCGGUUGGCCGCGGAGCGGGCUGAGAAUGCCAAAAGCCGGAGGGAUGUCGACCGGCAACUGACCGAGACCCAGGCCGAGAAUGAGUUUCUCACAGAGCGGUUAGGCGAGAUGAAGGCCAAGCUGCGAGAGACUCGUCAAGAGCUCAAGGACUGUCGUGCUGAGCUCCAGGAGGCCAAGAAGACAGCGAUCUCGCGGGCAGUCGAGGAAGCCGUUGCGGCCAAGACCAAGACCAAAACCAAGGCACAGACAUCGCGGAAGCGCCGUGCCAAGGACGCCGACGAGGAACCUGAUAUCCUUCAGACGCCCGUACAAGACGAGCCGCGUGCCAAGCGUCCGCUUAAGAAGCGCGGCCUGGAAGCCCUCGUGGGUGAGAAGUCUACAUUCUCCAUCACACCAUUCCUCACCAAGACCAUCAACUUCGCAGACGGUCCCGUGGACUUCGCCGCUGGAGGCGGAUCUCCCAGCGGUGCACCCGCAGGCAUGGAAGUGGAUGAGGAGGACGAAGCAAACGCAUCUACAGACGAUGCAGACGACGCAGAUGCUACAGACGAGGUCACAGAGCCCGUCGAGCCUGCAUCCAUCGUCAGCCCCUCGCCAGCUCCCCAGAAGAUUUCCGCAAAGCCAGCCAAAAAGGCGGCUUCGACAGCCAAGGAGCCAAAGCCGCGAGGCAGGCCAAAGACGAAGGUAGCCCUCCGCGAGUCCCCAUCGGCCAAGAAAAACAUGUCCCUGACGAGCAACGGCAAGACCCCUCGAGGCGAGAACACCCUAGAGAAGGUCAUGGAAGAGGACGAAGAGGGAGGGGAUGAGGCGCAGGAAAACAGGACCGUUUCCAUGGCCUCGUCCAAAGCAAAAGCAGCGACAAAGGCGACGCCCAACGAGGCGAACCCUGAGGUCGCUGGCGUGUCCGAACGCACGAGCGGUGCCAGCUCCGUAGCAGCAGAAGCAGAACCUAAGAAGAAGAAGCGGAAGCUGCUCGGUGGAGCCCCGGCAACGCUUUUCGAGGACGAUGAUGAGGGCGCUGUCCAGCCGGCGGCCGCGAAGCGCCCAGCAGUUAAGAUGCAGUUGGGGGCCAAGAAGGGUCAGCUAGGCAAGGUCAAAAGCGCCGCGGCGUUUGCUGGGAAGGCAUUCUCGCCCCUCAAACGGGACCGGCGUGGGGUAAACGCGAGCUUUUUGGCUUGA